UUCGGCUGGAAAUGCCUUUUUGCCUCAUACUCAUCCCCCCCAGAUUUCUGCUCCUUUUACAACAUCCUGAAGAACUGCCGCGGCCACAACACGGAGCGCUCGGUGUUCAGCGAGCGCACCGAGGAGUCCUCGGCCGUGCAGUACUUCCAGUUCUACGGGUACCUGUCCCAGCAGCAGAACAUGAUGCAGGACUACGUGCGCACGGGGACGUACCAGCGGGCGAUCCUGCAGAACCACAGCGACUUCAAGGACAAGAUCGUGCUGGACGUGGGCUGCGGCUCGGGCAUCCUCUCCUUCUUCGCGGCGCAGGCCGGGGCGCGCAAAAUCUACGCGGUGGAAGCCAGCACCAUGGCCCAGCACGCCGAGGUGCUGGUGAAGAGCAACAACCUGACGGAGCGGAUCGUGGUGAUCCCGGGCAAGGUGGAGGAGGUGUCGCUGCCCGAGCAGGUGGACAUCAUCAUCUCCGAGCCCAUGGGCUACAUGCUCUUCAACGAGCGCAUGCUCGAGAGCUACCUGCACGCCAAGAAGUACCUGAAACCCAGUGGGAAUAUGUUCCCCACGAUCGGGGACGUGCACCUGGCGCCCUUCACGGACGAGCAGCUCUACAUGGAGCAGUUCACCAAGGCCAACUUCUGGUACCAGCCCUCCUUCCACGGCGUCGAUCUCUCAGCGCUGCGCGGGGCGGCCGUGGACGAGUACUUCAGGCAGCCCGUGGUGGACACCUUCGACAUCCGCAUCUUGAUGGCCAAAUCCGUCAAAUACACCGUCAACUUCUUGGAAGCCAAGGAGGGCGACUUGCACAGGAUAGAAAUCCCCUUCAAAUUCCACAUGCUGCACUCGGGGCUGGUGCACGGCCUGGCCUUCUGGUUCGACGUGGCCUUCAUCGGCUCCAUAAUGACGGUGUGGCUCUCGACGGCCCCCACGGAGCCGCUGACCCACUGGUACCAGGUGCGCUGCCUGUUCCAGUCGCCGCUCUUCGCCAAGGCCGGCGACACGCUCUCAGGGACCUGCCUGCUCAUCGCCAACAAGAG